GCUCCGGUUCUAGUCUGGCUCAGGUGCUAAGGUUCACACCGCACCUACUUUUUUAUUGAUCAACUCCUUCUGUUCGUUUGUUGAACUGGGCUGGCGAUCGUACACCUCCGACGCGUUUGCCGUAAUCGAUUUGACAGGUUGUUGGAAUUUAACGUUCGUGUGAAAAAGCAUGUAUUCUUCUAGAGGGAGUAAUGCGUAUGGGCAACAACAACAGCAACAGCCAAAGCCACAGUCAUACUCCAGUCAAUCUGCUUAUGGUCAAAACCUGGGACCUGAUACUGCCUCUCAGAUGUCCAUCGCUUCACGACAUUCAGCCUUGUUAGGUGGACAUUCAUCUGCUGGGGCUCAUUAUGGUGGUCAAUAUACUUCUGUGUAUGGUUCAACGGCACUCAACAGUGCUCUACAGGUUCCAGCUACAAGUGCCAAAGGAGCUGGACCAUCUGUUUUGGAAGGUCGAAGUGGUUAUGGCUCAACCUUGCAAGAGUCGUCAAAGUUCACAUCCGGGGACUACCCUGCAGCUAGCCAAAAGUAUGGUCAGAAAGGGGAAAAGAUGUUCCCUGAUAAGCUAACUGACUAUCCAUCAGGGGAUAGACUUCCAUAUGCUGAUCGACCAAGUGCAUAUACUGGGCGAGAUUUGCAAAAUGAGUCAAGUGUUCGAUUUGCUGAUUCAAUUGCUUUUGGUCAUCAACAUCAGCCGGACAUAUAUGAUCGAUUAGAUGCGGCAUCAGCAUUACGGCAAGAAAUGCUACAGGCUCAGUCGCUCCAAUCUGCUUCUAUAGACGGGAGUUCUAGACAAGCUGAUUAUCUAGCAGCAAGAGCAGCUACCAUUCGUCAUGCGGGUCAAGAACUUUUGCCUUAUGGUGGGAGAAUGGAUGCUGAUCUUCAUACUAUAUCAAUGAUAAGUUCUACACCACAUGGUGCACAACAUGCUCCGUCCAUUCUAGGUGCUGCUCCAAGGAGAGAGGCGGAAGACCUCGUGUUUGCUCAUAGUUCUGCAAAUCCUGGUUAUGGAGUUAGCCUACCUCCUGGCAGGGCCUAUGCUUCAGGAAAGGGUCUUCAUGGGACAUCUCUCGAAUCAGAUUAUCCAAGUGGUAUGUUGGCACGUGGUGGUUAUGGAAGGCUUGAUGAUCGUAAAGAUGACAUGGAAUAUGCUCGGGAGAUCGAGCGAAGGGAGGAAGAACAUCGUAGGGAGAUUUUAAGAGAGAGAGAACGAGAACGUGAACGGGAGCGAGAACGGGAACGACAACGAGAACGGGAGAGGGAGCGAGAACGGGAACGGGAACGUGAACGAGAACGUGAACGAGAACGUGAACGAGAACGGGAACGAGAGCGUAGGAGGGAACGAGAAAGAAUCUUGGAACGGCGGGAAAAGGAAAGAGAUAGGGAGCCCAAACGUGUUAUCGAAAUUAGGCGCGAACGAACUCCACCCAGAAUCUCUAGGGACCGAGGUGGUUCGUCAUCAGUAAAGGCUGGGAGGUCUUCAAGGCGGGAAUCACCACGCGUUGAAGCUCCGCAUAGGCGCCAUUCACCUGUUAAAGAAAAACGAAGAGAAUAUGCCUGCAAGGUCUAUUCAUUUAAUUUGUUGGAUGUUGAGAGGGAUUAUUUGUCCAUGGAUAAACGGUAUCCUAGGCUAUUUAUUUCUCCAGAAUGUUCCAAGGUGGUUGUUAAUUGGUCACAGGAGGACCUUAAUGUUUCUCUGAACACCCCUAUCAGUUUUGAACAUGAUUUUGUGCAAGAGGAGAUGCCAACUGAGCAUGAAAUGCCAUCCACCAAAACAACGGCUGACGACCAUGUAAAAUCAGAAAGUGGAACUAUUCGGUGGAAUGCAAAGAUGCUGUUGAUGAGUGGGCUUAGCCAUAAUGCUUUAGAGGAGCUAUCAUCUGAAAGGAAUUACGAGGAUCGCAUUCCCCAUCUUUGCAAUAUGCUUAGGUUUGCUUUUCUUAAGAAUGGGAAUUCUUUCAUGGCAAUUGGAGGUUUGUGGGACACUGUUGAUGGCAAUGAUCCUUCAGUAGAUAAAUCUACUCUAGUUCAAACUGUUUUAAGGUAUGCCAAGGAGCUCACCGGACUUGACUUGAAGAGCUGCCGUCAUUGGAAUCCAUUUCUUGAGAUUCACUAUGACAGAGUUGGGAAGGAUGGACUUUUCAGCCAUAAAGAAGUGACUGUACUCUAUAUUCCUGAUUUAUCGGAUUGCUUACCUUCAAUAGAUGCAUGGAGAGAUCAGUGGCUUGCCCACAAGAAGGCUAUAGCUGAGCGAGAGCUCCUGCAUGCUCUUAAAAGAGAGAAAUUGCGUGAGAAGAAAGAAGUCCCGAAAGAUAAGGAGCCUGGGACGACAAAAGAUUUGAAAAAGGAUGAAAAACCGGCAAAAAAGAAAGAGGCUGAGUCUUCUGGAUCGGCAUCAAAACUUAAUGGAAAAGGAAAACUUACCACCAAAAUUAAAGCAAAGGAAACUGGAAAAGAGGAUGAUAAAACCAAGACAGUAAUUGAGAAGAAAGUUGAGACAGUUGAUGAAGGCAAUAAUUCUGGAAAAAAGAAUCAGACAGAAGCUGUUGGUAUUCAGACACCUGGUAGUGGAAAGAAGAAGAUUAUAAGAAAAGUUAUUAAAAAGAAAGUGGUUGUUGAAAAAGAUGGAGGCGGAAAGACACCCAAACAGGAUGAUAUGAUGGAUCCAAAGAAAGUGGAAGAAACUGCUGCAAAGGCAAAGGUUAUUGGUGAAGAUUCAGAGCCUUCUGCUAAUCGUUCGACUGUUAAGACUUCUGCCCAAAAGAAAGCUACCAAAAAGGCUCCAGCGGUGAAAAUCAUUAAGAAAGAAGAUGAAGGCACACAAUCUGAGGUUUUUAAGGAACCCGAGUUUUCUGAAGAUAAGCCAAAAACUGCAGAUGUGGCUGGUGCAGGUGUCAAAACUACUGUUAAGAAGAAAAUAAUUAAAAGGGUUACUAAGAGAAAGGUAGCAGCACGGGAUGCUGACAACAAGGAUAAAGUGGCCUUGGAAAACGAACUAGGCACAACUAUUGGGGAGCAAACUGCUGCCUUGGGCAAUCAGGAAAGUGAUGUCAAAAUGGAGAACAAUGAAUUGGUCUCUGAGGUGAUGCCUCAGAAUGUUGUCCCUGAGCUGCAAAAGGACGUGGGUGGUUUGAAUGGAAGUGGAAAUAAGGGUGUGAACAAUCAAGCGAGGGAAGAGAAGAAAGCUGAUGUGGAUGCUGGUUCUGUCUCCAAAAUGAAGAUUGAGAAUGAUGAUCUUAAUGUUCCUCAGACUGAUGGCCAGUCUGAGAAGAAUGAGAAAUCCAAGGACAGGAAAGAGAGAAAAGUUAAGGAUGGGAAAGCUGAAUCGAAGGUUAAAGAGGUGAAAGAUAAGAAAAAGGCCGAGGAGCCUCCUCGGCAUCCGGGGUUGUUCCUGCAGACAAAAGGGAGCAAGAAUUCCAAACUGCGUUCUCUGUCACUUUCGCUGGACUCCCUCUUGGAUUAUACUGACAAGGAUAUUGAAGAAUCAACAUUUGAGCUAUCUUUAUUUGCUGAAACAUUUUAUGAAAUGCUUCAAUAUCAAAUGGGUUCUCGGAUAUUAACAUUUCUCCAGAAAUUGAGGAUCAAGUUUGUGGCUAAAAGGAACCAAAAAAAGAGACAGAGGGAAGAAGUUCUUGAAAACAAUGAAAAGGAGAAAACAUCAUCUGCCAAAAAAUCAUCCCCUAAGCGUUUGAAAACCGAAGAUGUCACUGUGGAAAGCGAAUCAGUUAAAACCGAAGAUGUAACUGUGGAAAGCAAAUCAAUUAAAACUGAAACAUUGGAUGAAGGCUGUCCAGCAGAUGGAAAAACUGUUGUCAAGGAUGAAAAUAUGCUUGUUGAUAAUGUGGAGAACACGAAGCCAGAAGAUGAAUCAGAUAAAGACGAAGAUCCAGAAGAAGACCCAGAAGAAGAUCCUGAAGAUGAAAACAUGGCAGAUGCAAGCCCCAAAAAUGAUGUAGAUGAUGAGGAGAAGGCUGAGGGUGAGAAAGUGAACAUGGAUCUGAAGUCUGAAAAUGUGGAUGAAAUCGUGAAAGGUGAACAAGAGGAGAAUGCUAAAGUAACUGUGAAUCUGAACUUCAAGUUGGAGGCUGAGGAGAAAAAGGAAACCCCAAAGGUGGACACAAAGAAGAAAGAAACUCCAGUUACGACUGACAAAGAACUUCUGCAGGCUUUCAGGUUUUUUGAUCGAAAUCGAGUGGGCUACAUAAGGGUUGAAGAUUUACGGUUGAUUCUGCACACUUUGGGAAAGUUCAUGUCUCACAGGGAUGUCAAGGAACUUGUACAAAGUGCACUGCUGGAGAGCAACACCGGAAGGGAUGACCGCAUUCUGUACAAUAAGCUGGUGAGGAUGACCGACAUCUGAAAUGCAAAGGCCAAGCAUUUUGGUAAUAACUACAUAUUCCCCAAUCCAAGUUUGGAUUUAUGAGAAGUAGCAUUUUCAUUUCCUAAUCAAUUCUGGGUGCUUUUUUAUUAUUAGCAAACAGAACCUAUAGAUCCAGUGGCAAUUCUGUGUCUUUGUAUGCUUAGUUAAAAAGCAAUGUAUAAGUGCAUCACUGUUGAUCACAGCAAUCUUAUUUGCACUUCUUCAAUGGGUUCAAAAUCUUUUGUUUCCGUUCA